UACAGGAGAUGACCAGAGACUGCGGACACAGUACAGGAGAUGACCAGAGACUGCGGACACAGUACAGGAGAUGACCAGAGACUGCGGACAUCAGUACAGGAGAUGCAGAGACUGCGGACACAGUACAGGAGAUGACCAGAGACUGCAGACACAGUACAGGAGAUGGCCAGAGGCUGCGGACACAGUACAGGAGAUGACCAGAGACUGCGGACAGUACAGGAGAUGACCAGAGACUGCGGACAGUACAGGAGAUGACCAGAGGCUGCAGACAGUGCAGGGGAUGACCAGAGACUGCAGACAGUGCAGG